AUGGGUGCUCCACCACUGAUAGUCAACGCUGUUAUGUCCAUGCUAGCAGACUCUUCAGUCCGUGUACGAGUAGGAGACUCGCUGUCUGAACCAUUCCACACCGUCAGAGGCACAAAGCAAGGUGAUCCAAUAUCACCGACGCUAUUCGCCCUCAUCGCCGAGCCAUUGGCGAGAAGCAUCAUCAACGACGGUCGCAUACAAGCCAACCAAAAGAACCAUGUCCAAGAAACGAUCGACCAAGGUGGUCUCAAUCUCUGGGACCUCAACGCUAGAUUCCGUGCCCAAAAGGCAUGGAUGUUCGAAAGGUUCCUCCACGAGGUAAAGAACGACCGAGUUGCAAAGGUUUCAUUUGCCCAAUCAUGGAUGGACCAACUCAACCAAGACAAACCAAACGAUUUUGUCCGCCUCUGCCGCAGCGAGUGGGAAAAGCUUACCCAACCCUACGACGUCAGCAGAGAGGCUGUACCCAAGCCAGCAAUGGAACCAGACAAAAGAGGAAGAUUACCUCUCAAACAAGUGUACCUCCAAAGGCUGACCAUAGCCAACGAAAAGUGGAAUGUGUACGACCCGACCCCAGGCCAAAAGAUCUUAGCAACCGACGACAGAGUGUAUCCAAUGAAUGCACUAGCUGCUCUCUCUAUCAUCGUACUACCAAAGGGUCGAGAUCUGGUUUGGAAAACAAGCAACAAUCCAAAACAAUCCAACAUGCUUGAUACUAUACAAAAAAAGAUACAUGAUCAACGUCCAUACAACAUGUAUCAUAGACAUGGACAACCCCCCAGAACAAAUUAA